AUGUGCGGCUUCCCCCCGACGGCCAACUACCUCUUCCUCGGCGACUACGUCGACCGCGGCAAUAUGUCGCUCGAGACCAUCCUCCUCCUCCUCUGCUACAAGCUCAAGUUUCCCCAAAACUUCUUCCUCCUCCGCGGCAACCACGAGUGCGCUAACGUAACGAGGGUCUACGGCUUCUACGACGAGUGCAAGCGGCGCUGCAACGUCAAGAUCUGGAAGACCUUUAUCGACUGCUUUAACACCCUGCCCAUCGCCGCCAUCGUCGCCGGCAAGAUCUUCUGCGUCCACGGCGGCCUAGCUCCUAUACUGGGUGGGUUUUUCGACGAAACGUGA